AUGAACUUAAAUUCCGUACAUUCGCAGUAUAUUCCGCUGGUUCGUUUUACACAACUUUCGACUGACGAUGCUCUUUUCGUAUUUGCAAUUCCCUCAAGUUUUGUGCGUGGAUUCCUGCCUGAAAUCGAAUCUUCGAAUUUCGAAUACUUCAACCACUUUUGGCGUCUAAAGUUACAGCGCACAUCGCUUCACGUCGGUGCCCAUCUUGAGUUGAUUAUACCAAUUCAGAAAGCACGCAAUUACAGGGAAGAAAGUUUUAUAAUAUGGCUUGACCUCUCAAUCACCGUAAUAAAUUUGACCCACUUUUCCGACAACCAGACCUUCACGGAAAACGUUUUCUUCAACCCAGAAAAUAUGAGUCGCGGCAGCAAGUGCCUUGUCGAAGCCUCUGAACUACAGAACAGAAAUUUUGUCAAUGAAUACGGGAAAUUAUUUCUUGAAUUGGAAUUAGCCAACCCGACGAUUAACUUGAAUGUUUUUCUGACGCAGCUUAACGAAAAUUGUUUUGAAUCGGGCGUUUUUGAGUUUGGCGGGAGCUACUGGAGACUGGGCCUCACAGCGGACCAAGGAAGGCACGCUUUUUUAAGCUUUCGUUGUCUGGAGCCUCGCCACGUCUUUGUGCAAUCCAUCUCGUUCAGUUUUAUUGUAGAUUCAAAUUUUCACAUAAACCAACAGGUAGAUCUGCUGAUCGGUCCUGAAGAAGAACAUAUAAGGCUGGCAGACCAUAUGAAUUUGUGUAUUCUUUCCUCACUGAAAAGUACCACGUAUCGGUGUGUGUUGCCUGUUUGCUUGGCCAACAUCAACCUCCUGAAGUUCAGCCUCAUCAGCCUGCCACAAGGACUCGAAAACUUAUCCCUGUAUACAACAAAGGCAUUUGACACUAAAGGCUUUGACUGGGAUGUUGUUUUUUCAGUGUGCAAAGACCGUCUGUAUGUACAACUAGUGCCUCCCGAAUCCUCAAGAUAUCACUUAGACUGGGACACAAUUCGCACUGUUGGAUGGAGUUGGAGCUUCUGGGAUCUGUCUCAGGCGACCACUCGGCCACCUCAGCAGAUGUACAUAUGUCAGCACCGAUUUCCAUCACUGUGCUGGCUCCAAACAGACAGUUUCGUCCAGAAAGAGUCGAUAGACGAGGAAGUUCAAUCACUUAGCAAUCAAAAGUGCGUGACUGCAGAGGGAACUGAAGGCAUCGCAUACAAUUACGGAUCCUACCUGGAGGUAUUUAACAUAUAA